AUGAACAUUUGGCGUCAUGAUAACGAAAGUCUGGAGGACUUUAUCACCCGAUAUAACAAGGAAGUACUGGAGAUCGGAGGAGUCCAUGAGCAGCUGAUUCGCGCACAGUUCAAAUAUGCAGUCAGAUGCGAUGAUAUGAUAAAGGUCCUGUCUGGGACAGAAGGCCUCCCAAAGAGCUGGGAGAAGGUGAUGGCAGCGGCUAAGGUUUACGCCCAAACAGAAAAGAACCUUACCACUAAUAGGCCGCCACCACCACAUAACCGACCCUCCGACUUAGGAUCGAGUGGCGGAAGGAAAUUCAAGAAAGGAUGGCGUGACUCUGGCUCAGGAAACCAUUCAUCCGAAGAUGCUCGGGCAACGAUCAAUAAACUUACCGCGCAAAGGGAAACCAAGCAAGAGAACAGGGAGAGACAAUGGACUCCCUUAACUAAAACCCCCGCGGAAGUUUUAAGCACUGAAGAUUAUCAGUUCAAGCCGCCGAUCCCCAUGAAAAACAAGCGUGGACAAGACUCAGCCCAGUAUUGUGGAUACCACAAGGACAGUGGUCACACCACCAACAAUUGCAUUUCCUUGCGCACAGAGAUUGAAAAGGCCCUUAAAAGCGGCGGACUAACACAUCUACUACAAAAUGUGCGCAAGGAAAUAAAACAGAUAACUUAA